AUGACAUUUACAGUAGUAUUACAUGUAUAUGAUUUAUCAAAUGGUAUGGCUAAAAUGUUUUCACAAUCAUUGAUUGGUAAACAGAUAGAAGGUAUUUGGCAUUCUGGUAUUGUAGUGUAUGAUAGAGAAUGGUAUUUUGGUGGUGGUAUACUCAAUGAUCGUCCUCUUGCAACACCUUAUGGUCGACCGGUACAAGUGAUCAAUCUAGGAACAACAGAGAUUACAUCUGAUCUAUUUAAAGAGUUUCUAGAUGGUGUACGUGAUCGUUUUAGAAUGGAUACCUAUCACUUGUUGGAGAAUAAUUGUAAUCAUUUUACAAACGAGUGUAGUCAAUUCCUACUAGGUCAACCUAUCCCCGAUCAUAUUGUUGGUUUACCAAGAGAAGUUUUAAAUACUCCUUUUGGAAUGAUGAUUCAUCAACAAAAUUGGGGUACUAUGAUGGGUCCUGUAAAUAAUAACAAUAAUAAUAAUAAUCAACCAAAACAAUUACCACCUCCAUCCACUUCAUCAACAACAACAACAACAUCAUCAUCUAUAUCACAUCCAAAAUUAAAUAAUCAACAUUGGCAUUCAACUUCAAAAUUAACGUUACCAUUAUUAAUGAAUAACAAACCAAUUCUAUUUGAAAAGGGUGAUAUUGAUUCUGUAUUUUCUAAAUUAUUGGAUUUUGUUAAAUUUCAACCAACCAUAGAUAUGCAAUCCUAUCAAGAUAAUUCAAAAUCAUUAUUAUCAAUUAUUAAAAAUUCAUCCCCUUCCAUAACUAUUCCUUUACAUUUAUUAACUUGGCUUGAAUCAUUAAUUAAAAUAUUACCAGAAUCAAAUUUAUUUCCAGUAUUGGAGAUUAUAAGAUUUAUAAUCUUAAAAAAUGAUGGUAAUCGUUAUUUUAUUCAAAAUCCAUCAAAUACCUUUUUAUCAACUCUAUUGGAUAAAAUGAUUUCAAAUCAAUUAUCAAAACAAUCUGAAUUAAUUACUUUACGUUUAAUUGUAAAUAGUUUUUUAAACAAACAAAGUAUAGAUUAUAUAUUUUCAAAAUAUUUAUCAAAAUUGGUUGAAUGUACAACUAGAGGAUUAAAUUCAAAUGAUAAGGUACUUAAACGUGCAGUAUCUACUGUUGCUUAUAACCUUUCACUCUAUUUGAGUGUAAGUCAACACGACGAUCAAAUUACUUCAUUGUUGGCAUCACUACAUCAUGUUUUAACAUGUGACAACAAACUUGCAGAAGAUCCAGAAAUUGAUUUCCGUCUAUUGAUGGCUUUUGGAACACUACUCUAUUGUUGUUCCGACAAUACAAUGGAUAUGAUUAAAAUGUUGGAAUUUGAUCCAAUUCAAUCAAAAUAUAAAAGUAUCGCCGAUUGUCCUAAUAAUAUUAAUCAAUUAAUUCAAGAAAUUCAUUCUUUGAUUAAAUAA